CGACACGAACACAUUUCUCUAAUCUCCAACAUUCGCUACAUAAAUUUACUGCGAAACCUUUAUUACUUCAUUCAAGUAAAAGUGGACAACGGUAGUACAAACACUUUUGAGUAAUAUUCAUAAGCUGGAAGCAAAUCACUAAAUCACAUCAGUUUAAUUCCUCUAAAUUGGUCGAUUGCAAUAAUUCUGUACCAAUAUGAAGAGAGCGUCAUUUAUUCUCUGCGUUGUUGGCAUACUAUGGACCAGUGUUUUGGCAGAAUACAGACCAUUUGAUAGAAAUGGCGGUGUUGAUGGGGAAAUAAACUUGUUUCUUCGUAUAUUCGGUGGUGAAAUCGACAGUGAAGGUGGAAAUAGCCAAUUACACCGUGCUGCCUCGUUAAGUGAGAAAGUGGUGGAUUAUUUGAUCAGAAAUGGAUCGGAUGUAAAUGCUUUGAACGUUAAAAAAAUAUCUCCCCUACAGGUUGCUGCUGAUACAGGUAAUGACAAAAUCGUUGAAAUGCUUGUAAAUAAUGGAGCUGAUGUCAGUAUUUCGAAUAAAAUCGGAUUGACUACAUUGCACUCGGCUGCUCGGCGUGGUUUUGACAAGAUUGCAGACAUUUUGAUAAAGGCUGGAGCGAAUGUAAAUGCGUUGGACAAUGAUAAAUGGACGCCUCUAUUUUUCGCAGCUAAAAAUGGUACUGACAAAAUCGUUGAAAUGCUUGUUAAUAAUGGAGCUGAUGUCAGUAUUUCGAGUAACAAAGGAUUGACUGCAUUGCACUUGGCUGCUCGUCGUGGUUCUGACAAGAUUGCAGACAUUUUGAUUAAGGCUGGAGCAAAUGUAAAUGCGUUGGACAAUAGAAAUUUAUCCCCCUUACAUUUUGCUGCUGAUGCAGGUAAUGACAGAAUCGUUGAAAUGCUUAUUAAUAAUGGAGCUGAUGCCAGUAUUUUGAAUAACAAAGGAUUGACUGCAUUGCACUUGGCUGCUCGGCGUGGUAAUGACAAAAUCGUUGAAAUGCUUGUAAAUAAUGGAGCUGAUGUCAGUAUUUCGAAUAACAAAGGAAUGACUGCAUUGCACGUGGUGUUCAGACCAAUCUGUUCGUCUUUAAGCGUGUCAAAGGCCGAACGAGUCGGAAGUUGCAAGGCUGACAGAUCAGCUGGAUUUAUUCAUCUUGCAGUAAUUGUUCCAACUGCCGUUUCUUCGUAUUAUUGUGGUCAAUUGCAGACAGUCAAUGGAGUAUCAAUGUGUGAACAAUUAGCGGAAUGUUUCUCGACUUGUUUAUGGAACAUGAGUAGUCUUCAACAUCGUUCGCUGGAGAAUGAAGCGCUCCAUGGUAUCCGAAAACGAUUAUCCAAGAGAUUCAUCAGUCGUCGGGCAAAACCUGCCAUUAUGUACAACACAAAUGCUGCGAAUUUUGUGGACUGGAUAACAGAGCUUUCUAAGGCACAGCAGAGCGCACUGAGAGAACAAAUGGACGAAAUAGUCGCUUUAUUUACCAACGACGGCGUCGAUUGGGAAUUCAAUCCUACAACAGCAAGUUUUGACAAGAUUGCAGACAUUUUGAUUAAGGCUGGAGCAAAUGUAAAUGCGUUGAACAAUAAUAAGUGGACGCCCCUAUGUUUCGCAGCUAGAAAUGAUUCGGUGCCUGUCGCAAAUUUGUUGAUUCAAAAUGGAGCUCAAAUCAAUGCACAAGACAAAGAUGGAGAUUCAAUUUUAGCUAUUGUCGUUGAUGAAGGAAAUGCCAAGAUUGUUGAGCUAUUGAUUCAGAAGGGAGCCAAUGUAAACUUUGAGGACGAGGAUCAGAUGGCACCAUUACAUUUUGCCGCUGAUAACGGUUUUGACAAGAUUGCAGACAUUUUGAUUAAGGCUGGAGCGAGUGUAAAUGCGUUGGACAAUGAUAAAUGGACGCCACUAUUUUUCGCAGCUAGAAAUGGUACUGACAAAAUCGUUGAAAUGCUUGUUAAUAAUGGAGCUGAUGUCAGUAUUUCGAGUAACAACGGAUUGACUGCAUUGCAAUUGGCUGCUCGGCGUGGUUUUGACAAGAUUGCAGACGUUUUGAUAAAGGCUGGAGCGAAUGUAAAUGCGUUGGACAAUGAUAAAUGGACGCCUCUAUUUUUCGCAGCUAGAAAUGAUUCGGUGCCUGUCGCAAAUUUGUUGAUUCAAAAUGGAGCUCAAAUCAAUGCACAAGACAAAGAUGGAGAUUCAAUUUUAGCUAUUGUCGUUGAUGAAGGUUUUGACAAGAUUGCAGACAUUAUGAUUAAGGCUGGAGCGAAUGUAAAUGCGUUGGACAAUGAUAAAUGGACGCCUCUAUUUUUCGCAGCUAGAAAUGGAAAUGCCAAGAUUGUUGAGCUAUUGAUUCAGAAGGGAGCCAAUGUAAACUUUGAGGACGAGGAUCAGAUGGCACCAUUACAUUUUGCCGCCGAUAAUGGUUUCGACAAGAUUGCAGACAUUUUGAUUAUGGCUGGAGCGAAUGUAAAUGCGUUGAACAAUAAUAAGUGGACGCCCCUAAGUUUCGCAGCUAGAAAUGAUUCGGUGCCUGUCGCAAAUUUGUUGAUUCAAAAUGGAGCUCAAAUCAAUGCACAAGACAAAGAUGGAGAUUCAAUUUUAGCUAUUGUCGUUGAUGAAGGAUAUGCCAAUAUUGUUGAGCUAUUGAUUCAGAAGGGAGCAAAUGUAAACUUUGAGGACGAGGAUCAGAUGGCACCAUUACAUGUUGCCGCCGAUGAAGGUUUUGACAAGAUUGCAGACAUUUUGAUUAAGGCUGGAGCGAAUGUAAAUGCGUUGGACAAUGAUAAAUGGACGCCUCUAUUUUUCGCAGCUAGAAAUGAUUCGGUGCCUGUCGCAAAUUUGUUGAUUCAAAAUGGAGCUCAAGUCAAUGUCCAAGACAAAGAUGGAGAUUCAAUUUUAGCUAUUGUCGUUGCUGAAGCGAAUGUGACGAUACCGUAUCACUUCGAUAGUCUACAACGAAAUGAGAGUGCAGUAAUUCCCCAGAAAAUGCCGGAAAAAGUUGAUGACGAAGCCAUGCUCGAAAACGGCCAGGAAUGCGACAACAGUGCUACGUUGGGAGGCAUUAACUUCGAAACGAUUUCACAAUCGAGAAGCAUUAUAAUCGAUCUGGACAAUUUCCUACCGCAGGAUGUAUCGACCCCAUUGACUGACAACGUCAGUUUCAAUUUUACAAUUAUUGGCUCGGAGGAAGAAAAUGGUUCAAAGGUAGGUUCCGGUGAUCAAUUUGGCGAUGAGGCUACGAACGUACUGCAAGAACAAACCUCUGAACAGUUGGAUGACGAAUUUAUGAACCCAUUGCACGAAAAAUCGGGGGAACAAUCGGAAGAUGAUGCGACCGGAUUACAAAAAGAAAACGACGAAAAUGAAAACUUACAAAAUGGUACACGUUUGGCCCGAUUCAAACAUCAACUGUCUCAACGAGCGAAUGAUAAUCCCAAAGCAACCAACAAACUACCAUCCAAUGCAACGGCGGUCAUUUCUGAUUCACAUGCGAAGAGAGUGGAAGCACUCAAUGAUCGAAACAAAAUUGAGCUCCAACGAGCUCAAAACGAAACAUCGCAGAUUGAAUUACAAAAAACUCGACUCAAAUUUGAGGAGCGUGUGUUCAAAGAACAAUUGGAUAAGGAUACCGCUGUUGAAAAGGAAGAAAUUAAAUUGAAAGAGAAGCCAGGAAAGUUUGACCUGAGAAAACAACGUUUCGAGUACAAAAUGAAGAAGUUGGCAUUGAAGGAGAAAGAGAAAGAAGACGAGUUUCAGCUUAAAGUAAAGGAAAUGGAAAAAGCUGAAAGACUUGAGGCCAAACAAAUGGAGCUCGAAUAUAAGUUAAAGUUGGAUCUGGAAAUGGCCAAUGAGAGAUAUAAUUUUGCUGAGUUUUUGCUGAAUAAUGGAGCAGAUCCGAACCUUGCUAAUGAAAAGAAAAUGGUUCCAUUGCAUGCAGCAGUAACAAAUGAAACAGGAAAUGCCAAGAUUGUUGAGCUAUUGAUUCAGAAGGGAGCAAAUGUGAACUUUGAGGACGAGGAUCAGACGACACCAUUACAUUUUGCCGCCAAUAAUGAUUCGGUGCCUGUCGCAAAUUUGUUGAUUCAAAAUGGAGCUCAAGUCAAUGCCCAAGACAAAGCAGCAGAUUCAAUUUUAGCUGUUGUCGUUGGAGAAGAUAGUGAGAGAUAUAAUUUUGCUGAAUUUUUGCUGAAUAACGGAGCAGAUCCGAACCUUGCUAAUGAAAAGAAAAAGGUCCCAUUGCAUUCCGCAGCAAGACAUGGAUAUGCCAAGAUUGUUGAGCUAUUGAUUCAGAAGGGCGCAAAUGUAAACUUUGAGGACAAGGAUAAUAUGGCACCAAUACAUUUUGCCGCCUAUAAAGGUGGUACCCGGGAGAUCAUAGAAUUAUUGGUGGACAAUGGUGCAGAUGUCAACCAUGCAGACAAAGAUGGAGAUACAGCAUUAAAUAUAGCAAUUAAGGAGCGCAACACUGUGGUCGCUGAUGCAUUAAUCGCAAUAGGAGCGGAUGUCAAUCGAGCAGAAAAACCUGGAGUAUUGCCUUUACAUAUAGCCGCCAAAAAUGAAAAGGGAGCAACUUUGCAAGGCACCGAUAACGUUAAUGACACGUUUCUGUACUAUGCCGCUGAUAAUGGCAAAUAUUUCGCUGCAAAUGCACUCAUCAGAGCGGGUGCCGAUGUAAAUUCUGUGAACAACGAUGAAAAUGAAAAUGACUAAAGAUUCGGGACACUUACGGGUUGCCAGAUUUUUACGAGGUAAUGGGGGCCAUGUUUAGAGAGUUCUACAAUUGACGAA